AGUAAUUUAUUUCAAGAAGCACGUGAAUUGACGAGGCGCGAGUGGAACGACUUCGAGGCAACUUCUACCGGGCAUGUUUGUUAAUCCUUUGUUGUAUGGAAACAGAGCUCUCUGCUACUUGAAGAUGGGAGAAUACAAGUCAGCUCUGGCGGAUGGUAAACGUUGCAUUGUGGCGAAACCGGAAUGGGAUAAGGGUCAGCACAGGUAUGCUCAGGCAUUGUUUGAGCUUGGUCACUAUCGCGAGGCAAGGAAGGCCAACAACACUGCUCUGAAGUAUUGUAGUAGCAGCAAGAUAUUGGAGGAACAACGAAUAGUUUUUCAGGAGACGAUGAGUGGAGAAUCAAGACGACCUCAGCCUGCUGAGUCAGUCUCUUUGUCAGAGAAUGUGUUGACAUCAGAGUUUGUGGCAAUGUCUGAGCCUGCGAUACCAUCAGAGUCUUUUACACCAUCAGAGUUUGUAACACGAUCAGAGAAUGUGCCAACAUCAGAGCCUGUGCCAUUAUCAGAGUCUGUGACGCCAUUAGAACUUAUGAAACCAUCAGAGUCAGUGCCAUUGGUAGAAUCGUUUCCAUUGAACGAGUCAACAUUUAUAACAUCAGAGAUUGUGCUACCGGACCAAUCAGAAUCUGUAACACCCGAGUCUGCAUCAAUAGAGCAGUCAAAAGUUGUGAAAGCUACGAACUCUGACCAGUCACCUCUUGGAUGGUGCCUCUGCUGCAGCCUGAGUGGCUGUUGGAAGUGCUGCAAAUGA